AUGUACUUUCUCGCGCACAACGUGGCGAAGAAGCACAACAUCGGAACCAUGGCGCGGUGCUGCACCGCGUUCGGCGUGAAAUCGCUCGUGUUGAUCGGGUCGAGACAGUUCAACACGUUCGGUUCGCACGGGGCGGACGGGCACGUGCACUUUGAACACUUUGACUCGCUCGAGGAGGCGAGGGAAAAGUUGAAGGGCGAGCGAGGGUGCACGCAAAUCUUAGGGGUGGAGAUAGUGGACGACGCGCGGGCGAUCGAGAGCCAUCCGUUCACGGGGAACACGGCGUUCAUCAUGGGUAACGAAGGACACGGGAUGACGGAGGCACAGAAGGCGAUUUGCGAUGGUUUCGUGUACAUACCGCAAUACGGACCCGGGACGGCGUCUCUCAACGUGUCCGUCGCGGCGUCCAUCGUCAUGCAUCACUUCGCGUCGUGGGCGGGAUACGAAGAACGGUCACGCGAAGGAGAAAAGUUUAUCGUCGCCGAGCGGCCGCAGAGAACGCGCAAGCGCGGUGAGGUGGGCGAAUCGCCCGAGCAGGUGCGCGCUCGUCGAGCCGCCGCUCGCGCGCUCGACAAAGAACAGGAAACCCGCGGCGAAGACGCGAUCGCGGACGCCGAUAUUUAA